GAGCCGCAGCAGCCAUAAAAGAGGCUCCACACACACAGUCGUCUGGAAGGAAUUAGACAGCUGAAACAGCGACAGAGAGACUUUUGGCCACUUCCCUGCGCGCUGUGUGACCUGGAUGCUCGGGGAAACUAUAGAAACAAUUUACCUACAUGCCCCUCCACAGAGCAAAAAUUACAAAUGAUCUGACUCAUAUUUGAUUAUUAGAGUCAUUGCUGGAAACUUUUUUUUCUUCCGAAUAUGGCUGACGCUGCCAAAGGUGAUGGCUUUUUUUGUAACUUUUUUGAAACUUUUAAAUAUGAAUGAAACCGUCAGAAGUUGAUGGAGAAUAAUAUUUAUCAUUUUUACAUAGUCUACUUUUUAUUUAUACUUUUUUAUAUGAAUGAUGCCAAAGUUGACUGACAUAAUGUUUGUAUUUGAACACCUCAGAUGCAUGUGGUGCAUAGUUAAUGACUGCAGACAGACUGUUCAAAACUAGAGAAGACAAGCACCCGUGAUUAUAUUUCAGCGACCAGUUGAGAGGAACGUGCACGAUUCUUUUUUUUUUUAAUUAAUGAGGAUAAUUUUAAGAGGAUUCAUGAAACUCUUUGCUCCACAAGUGUCCCUUGAAACCUUGUCGAGACUUUUUCUCCCCGUGGAGCGGUACCAGAGCCGCCGGAGUUGACCGCAUCCUUUAUCAAGGACAAACGAGAGGACGACAGCUGCUUCAAGAUGAGGUAUCAAAGAGUCCUCACCUACCUGCGGAUAUUCGGGACCACCAUGUUCGGCGUGUCCCUACUAGUAGGCAUCUCCACAGCCUACAUCAUGGGCUACCAGUUCUUCACAACAGCCCGCAACCACCUUUCCUUUGGCCUGUAUGGAGCCAUCUUGGUUGUCCACCUCAUCAUCCAGAGCCUCUUUGCGCUCCUAGAACACAGAAACAUGCGGCGGUCAUUAGAGACGCCGAUCAAACUGAAUAAGUCCUUGGCGCUGUGCAUCGCAGCGUACCAAGAGGACCCAAACUACCUGAGGAAGUGCCUGGUGUCGGUGAAGAGGCUGACGUACCCGGGGAUCAAAGUGAUCAUGGUGAUCGACGGGAACUCAGACGAUGACUUGUACAUGAUGGAGAUUUUUAAAGAGGUGAUGGGAUGGGACAAAUCGGCGACCUACGUAUGGCGGAGCAACUAUCACAACAGAGGGCCUGAGGAGACGGACGAGAGCUACGCCGAGAGCCUUCAGCAAGUCUCCAGGCUGGUGCUGAGCAGCAAGUGUGUGUGCAUCAUGCAGAAGUGGGGAGGGAAGAGAGAGGUCAUGUACACAGCCUUCAAAGCACUGGGGAGGAGCGUGGACUAUGUGCAGGUGUGUGACUCUGACACCAUGCUGGACCCGGCAUCAUCGGUGGAGAUGGUGAAGGUCCUGGAAGAAGACCCGAUGGUGGGAGGUGUUGGAGGAGACGUACAGAUCCUAAACAAAUACGAGUCGUGGAUCUCCUUCUUGAGCAGCGUACGGUACUGGAUGGCCUUCAACAUUGAGCGGGCUUGCCAGUCCUAUUUUGGCUGCGUGCAGUGCAUCAGCGGUCCUUUAGGAAUGUACCGAAACUCCCUCCUGCACGAGUUCGUCGAGGACUGGUACAAUCAGACCUUCAUGGGAUCCCACUGCAGUUUCGGGGAUGACCGUCAUCUCACGAACAGAGUUCUCAGCCUCGGGUAUGCUACCAAAUACACGGCACGAUCAAAGUGCCUCACUGAGACACCAAUUACGUACUUGCGGUGGCUCAAUCAACAGACUCGAUGGAGUAAGUCGUAUUUCAGAGAAUGGUUGUAUAACUCAAUGUGGUUCCACAAGCACCAUCUAUGGAUGACUUAUGAGGCUGUGAUCACGGGCUUCUUCCCAUUUUUCCUCAUCGCCACGGCGAUCCAACUCUUCUACCAAGGAAGGUUAUGGAAUAUUCUGCUAUUUCUACUCAUUGUGCAGGCAGUGGCACUGAUCAAGUCGUCAUUCGCCAGCUGCCUCAGAGGUAACAUCGUCAUGGUGUUCAUGUCGUUCUAUUCUGUACUGUACAUGUCAAGCCUGUUGCCGGCCAAAAUGUUCGCAAUAGCAACAAUCAACAAAUCCGGAUGGGGGACCUCUGGGAGGAAAACAAUAGUGGUGAACUUCAUUGGUCUGAUUCCUAUAUCAGUUUGGUUCACCAUCCUCUUCAUCGGGAUUAUCUACACAGUAAUCCUACAGACUAAAAAACCUUUUCCUGAAUCAGAAAAGAUUGUUCUGAUCAUAGGGGCAGUCGUCUAUGCCAGUUACUGGGUCAUACUGUUGACGUUGUAUGCAGUGCUCAUAAACAAGUGUGGGAAGAGGAAGAAGGAAACACACUAUGAUAUGGUGCUGGACGUAUGAUUUACAGUCAUUGUUUACCACUGAACUCUCCUUUCGGGUUGUUUUCACUCGUACGAUAUUGUUGUUAUGGAAAUGUUUUUCAGAUGCAGAGCAGCUCUGGAGGCAAAAUGAUUUGAGUUCAACCGAAAUGGGUAAAGAACCAGAGUUUAUUCAGACUUGAAUGCCACAAAUAUAAAUAGCAGCGGCAGGUUUUUUUGUUCAUUCAUGACCAUAGUGUUCAUGAUCUUGGAGCAUCAGCAUGCAUACUAAUUAGCUUACCUAAAAUACUUUCACCCUGAAAUGUUUAGCUGAAGAUCAGCUAGCAUAGCCUAACUAGCUAACCUAGAUAACUUGGAAUGGCAAGAUUACACAGAUUGCAGUUGGCUGCAAAGGCGCUAUAGGCUUUGUAAUAUUAGCUACCUCUUACCCAUGUCAUUUUCACUGGGCUUUAUUCUAACAUUUCCAUCUAGCCAAAGAAACAGUGGAUUUCUGGCUCCACCCAUUGGGGUUUAACUUGACCUAUGAGAAUAUUUUUCCUCCAGAGCAUCACUGUGUCUCCAAGAAAGGUUUGUACCCAAUCUAUAUUUUGCCCCUGCCUUAUGGAAGACAAAAGACUGCAAGUAUAUUUCGGCACAACACUAAAGAUAUCAUUCUUAACUGUAAAAGGAGAUGAGGCAGGCAGUAGGCAUCACUAUCUAAUUAAUGGAAUUGUAAUCUGCAUGUAUCUGGAUGGUCUGUGCGGAUCUCAUUAAUGGGCCACUUUACCAUUAAAAACAAACACAUAAAAAGACAAGAAGUUCAACUUAAUGUUGAGCUGUUAUUUCUGGAGUAAAUGCAUUGGUGAUACCUUUCCAGUGUUUCAAAGUCUCUCAUCGGAAGAGCUACAGUAUCAAUAUACAAAGAGUGAAAAUCUGCAGAAGGGCUUUAAAAUGAAGAGCUGCUCUCUUUCUUUUGUCGCACUCACGUCAUAUGGGAAAAAUACAAAGUUCCUCAUAGUCUGCACACAUUGUAAAUGUAUUUAUGAUGCAUCUAUCCACAAAAAACAUUUUGCAUCAUGUAAGUCACUACAUAAUUGCAACUCGUUAAUGUCCAGGUUAUUUGUUGUUAUAGGUUGUGUUUGUGGUUGACAUUACAGUGUUUGAUUUGGUGUUUAAAAUGAAUCAAAAUGCAUCACUCUGGCACAUGUAUCCUGAAUGUGAAAAGGUGCAAGAUCCUUUGAAAUAUCUAAUCAUGGUAUGAAAAGGCAACAAAUCUAUUUGAAUAUAUAUUUGAAUGUGUGGAUACUUCCAAGUUUUGAUCUUGGACAAUCAGUUGUUAUUCCCAUAUGACGUGAAUGCAGUAUUUUUUUCAACGUUUACAAAGUGAAGAAUCUCAAACUGAUCACGGAUUGGUAGAUAUAAUCUCCACCAGAUCAGGUGACCAGCGAACAUGUGACCAGAAGAGAGAUGGUGUAUCAUUGCUGCUGUGACUGUUUUAUUUUUACAGAAACAAUGACUUUUCUUUUUUUUCUUUUUUUUCUUUUUCUUUUUUCUUUUUUCUUUUUUUUUUUUUAAUAUGAAUGAUAUUGUGUAUUUUGCCAAAAUGGUUUUAACACUAUUAUUGUUCUUUCUACAAAGGUGAAUGAUAACCACCGAGCAGACACGGAGGACGCGUUCCAAUCCAAAGAUUUUGAGAUUUUUGUUGCCUUCCUCAUGCCCUUGCUCUCUUCCUUCCUUCACAUACUGUAUUGACUGUACUUCCUCUUUGCAUUGUGUUGAACAACCUGCAAUGGAAGAAGUAAAUGUGAAAAGAAAACACAAGGGGAUCUAAUGUGGGAAAAGUACUACCUGAUAACAGGAAUGUGAAUAAGGGCACUUGAUGGAAGGGAACAGCAUUUUGGAAUGAAACAAGUCCCGUGUUUGCUGUUGACCAGGAGCGGACAUGAGUUUAAUCCUUAUGCACUUUUAUGUCUCUCCUGUCGUCCAGUGUGAUGCUUGACGUAAUCAAGAUGAAAUACCUCAGUGGUUCUCUUUGCAUUGCAUCAAGGCGUCAGGAUGCCGUCCAAAGACUGAUGCAUUCUGAAGGUCUCAAGUAAUUUAUGAUCUGUUAGUGAUAUUAAAUAUAAAGUUGUCCUUUUUUUUAUAUGCAGUUCCUUAUUAAGUCAAAGCUGGAUCUCUCUGCCUUGUCGGCCCUUUGCUGUAGCCGUUUACUUAUUGUUACCUUGUAUUUCAGUGCAUUUUUAUACAUAUAGACAUUUUUAUUCUAUUUUUGCUUAGCUGCCAAAGAUUCUUUAUUUUCAAUUAUGUUUUUAUCAAAGAAAAUGGAAAAACGUAUUUUUUGUGCUUUCAACUGUUCUGACAAUGACUUGUAUAUCUGACCAAAAAAUGUGAAAUUAUGAGCUGGGGGUUUUGUCUGCAAUAACAACAAUGAAAAUGCAAUUUGUAGGGAUAAGUUAUUGAUUUCAAGAGAUAUGAUGAACCUGUGUUUUUGUACUUUGUACUUAACUAGAAAACCCGCAUAUUUAUGUAAGAACAUUCUGUGGUUUAUAGUAUUCUGUACUUAGUAAGACGUCCUCUGGUAUACAUGUAAAACCCCUAAGGUUCCAUAUGUCUACACUGCAAAAAAGACAUUUUUAAGAAAUUAUUUUUUAAUAUGUUCCGCAUUAGAACAUAAUUUUAAACUUUUUUUAAUGAUUACUAGAUUUCUUGCAGUUUUGAAACUUUAUGGAGUCAUGUCUCUGACUAUGUUGAGUUCUUAAUACAAAAAACAACAAAGCCAAAGCAGACUGAAAAAACAUCCUCCAAAAACAUUUAUAAAACAUUUGCACAAAAUUUGCAGAUUAUGUACGUGUAUGUUUUAAAGUUGUGAGGUGCCUAAUUAAGCAAAAACAAAAGAAAAAUUGGCAACAUUUUUAUACAGUUUUAAGGAGAGGUUGUGUUUUUAGGUUUUAAUGAAUGAGACCAACAACUGAACCAUGAGGUUGAUUUCAUGCCAAACUGGUCAUGGGCAGUGUUAUCAUCAAGCACUUUUGUGUUGUGCCAAAUAAAAAUAACUAUUGUUUUGA